AACCUUGUAUAGAAAGCUACUGAAGAAGAUGAACAUGGAUCCAUGUGAAGCAAAAAAGUUAACCUUACAAGACAUUCUUCAGAUUGAUCAAAAAUGUUUACAGGAUAUGAAGAACUGGCAAAUAGAGUCUGCAGCGUGGAAUUUUAUACAUAAAAUAAUUGCAUUAAAUGGAUCAGCCAGAAGCAUAAUUACAUCAAGUGAGAACGAGAGUGAAGAUUCUCAGGAUGAUCAAGAUGAUAUAACUUGUGACUUUCCUAAUUCUGUUCACCCCCUAGAUGUUCUGUGCCUUGUCCUGCAUUGCUGUGACCAUUUUCUGCAGCAGGAGAUUAUACUGAAAAUGUCUAUGUGCCAAUUUGCUGUCCCUUUGCUGCUCCCUGCUGUUGAUGGGUCAGGCUGUACCUUCAUGCUUUGGGGAAUGAGAGAUAUUGUAAAAAGUUGGAGGCCUCAGUCACUGGCAGAAACAAAGGGAUUCAUGCAAGAGAAUCUUGUUCAGAUAUCUAUGCCAACAUUCAGUUUUGUUAGAUUGGGGGAAAGUAAAUUAUCUAAAUCUACCAUCCUGAAUCAGGUUCUCAGCCCAGUUCAGCAAACCCAAGACUUCUUUGUCCACAGUGAUAUGGAAGGAGCUGAUGUCACAAGGGAAAUCUCUGAAGGUCUUGUAGAAAUAUCCUGGUAUUUUCCAGCUGGUAAUUCGGAUAUUUUCCCAGAGCCAGUUGCAUUUGCAAACCUUCAUGGAAACCUGGAAGACAGCUUGAAUGAGUUUGCAUUUCUAACUCAGAUUUCAUCUACUGUGUUUAUUUUUGUUCAGGAUAUUAAUAAGAAUCUGUUUGACUUUUUAUCCCAGUAUGAAAACUCCCAGACAAACUUUGUCAUUAUUGUCAAGGGAAGCAGGAAAAUCAACAAAGACAAAUACACAAAUUUGACUGUAAUUCAGUUUGGUAGCAAUGCUAAUGGAGCAACAGUAGCAAAGAGAAUUCGAGCAGCUGCUACAGAUUUUAUUAAGAAAGGAUGCCGUGUCCUGAGCCUGGAAGAUAUGGCAGAAAUUGCCACCAAACUAGGAAUCUCUGUUGAUGAGAAUGUGAUAGAAUGUCAGAAUGCAAAGGCAGAUGCCAAAGCAAUAGCAGAUGAGAUAAAAGAUGUUGCUGAGUACAAAAAGGAUACAAUGAGGCUGCAGGGACAUUUGUGGAAAAAGGCUGAACUGGAAAAAGAAAUGUGUCAAAUGAAAAAACAAGGUGAUAAACGUACAGAGAGUUACAAAUUGGAAUUACAAAAGCAAUGUACAGAAAUACGGAAGAAUCAGUUUAAUUAUGAGAUUCCAAAUAGCAUUAGUAAAUUUAUUCAUUCAGUUGUGAAAAAGAACUACACAGAAAUUAGUUAUUUUUUAAAAUGGCUUCGAUUUUAUCUUGAUUCGGCUGCCAGGAAGAACCUUUCUGCUUUACAAGAUGAGUAUAAAGAGAAAUCAAACAGUUCCCGUAUGAAUGAGCUGUCUGGGCUUGAUCAGAAACUAUCAAAAAGUUCCCUUGGGAUUGAACAUUUCCUGAGAGAAUUAGGCCAGUUUUAUGAGGCAGAAUAUUUUAUGCUCAAAGAGGAAAAUGCAAGAAAAAGAGAAUUUACUCAACUACCAGCAUUUGCUGCCGAUCUCUUACUGGGUGGAUUCCCACUGGAGCUGAUAGAUGGAGAUGCUUCUAAUAUCCCAAUGCAGUGGCUGCAGGAUGUACUGACUGAGCUGGACAAUAAAACAGGAAAAUGCAGCAGAAUGGGGGUAAUCACUGUACUGGGGGUGCAGAGCACAGGGAAAUCCACCCUUCUAAACACAAUGUUUGGGCUGCAGUUCCCAGUCUCUAGUGGACGAUGCACACGAGGAGCUUUUAUGACAAUAAUGAAAGUGAGAGAAAAUUCCCAGCAGGAGCUGGGCUGUGAGUUUAUUCUGGUGAUUGAUACUGAAGGCUUGAAAGCUCCUGAACUGGCCUCUUUGAAGGACAGCUAUGAACAUGACAAUGAACUUGCAACACUGGUUGUUGGUUUGAGUGACAUCACAAUUGUAAACAUGGCCAUGGAGAAUACAACUGAGAUGAAGGAUAUUUUGCAGAUAGUGGUCCAUGCCUUCCUUAGAAUGAAAGAGAUUGGAAGAAAACCCAACUGCCAGUUUGUACACCAGAAUGUAAGUGAUGUUUCUGCUCAUGAAAACAACAGGCGGGGCAGGGUGAAACUUUUGAAGCAUCUGAAUGAAAUGACCAAAGCUGCAGCAAAUAUGGAGAAGAAAACUGAAUUUACAGCUUUUUCUGAUAUCAUGAUGUAUGAUCCAGAGAAAGACAAUUGCUACAUUCCUGGUCUAUGGAAUGGAGUCCCACCAAUGGCAUCUAUAAACAUUGCUUACAGUGAGACCAUCUAUAAACUUAAACAACAUUUAAUUAAGCGUAUGAAAAACAAGGGACACAGAAUUGGUGACUUUAUUGAAUGGAUAGAAAGUCUAUGGAAUGCUGUGAAAUAUGAAAACUUCAUCUUCAGCUUUAGAAACAGCCUAGUAGCAAAUGCCUACAACCAACUGGCUAAGAAAUACUCAGAACUGGAGUGGAAGUUCACUAAGGCAAUGCAUAAAUGGCUAGCAGAGACUGAAACAGUCAUCAAGAAUCAAAAUGAACAGACGGUAGAUAGUGAAAGGGCAAAAUGUAAAAAUGCAGCAUAUUCUAUUCUCAAUGAGGAGGAGGAGAGCAUGAAGAAGGUUUUAGAGAAAUAUUUUUCAAGUGAGAACAAUGAGGCCAGUCUAGUAGAGAGGUACAAAGCUGAAUUUCUAACUAGCGUAAGUUGCCUUAGAAAGAAGCUGGAAGCAUCAUCUCUUAGCAAAUGUGAUGAGGCAAUGCGUAUCCAAAAGGAGAAUUUAAAGGUAAAAAAAGUUAUCAGUGAAUACAAAGAAGUUAUUGAUAAAAAGGUCACCAGCCUUGUGAUGAAGUGCAGGGAACAAAAAUAUAAACCUGAUGAAAAAACACUUGAAGAAGAAUUUGAGUUAAUGUGGGCAGUAACUAUAUCAAAGUUAAAUAUCACUGCCCUUCCGGAACCCAACAUUGAACUUGAUUUUCUUACAUCACUCAAAAAAGAUAUGGCAUCAAAAGGUUCAGCUGUCAAUCAAAGACUAAACAACAUAAAUCAACUUCCAAAGCAGGAAAAGCUCCAUAUACAUGAAAGUAUGGGAAAAUAUCUAUUUAAAAAAUAUAAGAAUAAAUUGUCUUUUCUGGGUAGUGAUUUUGGCCCUGACAAACUAGAAGUAUUUUUUAAGUCCCUUUCAGACACAUGUUCUGAGUAUAUAAAAGAUAAAUUAAGUUCCAAGUCUGACUAUAAUGAAACAUAUGGGUUGGAACUACUAAAUUUGAUUAAUUCAGCAUGUGAUGAAAACAACAAUCUUCGGAUUACUUCGGACAUAGUGUUGGAUCUGAAACUCUUUAUUUUGGGUAAUGCGCUUGGUGAUUUCCAACAGAUGCAUAAGGAUUUUGUCAGGAAGAAUGAUCCCCUGAUUUGUCUUGGGGAGAUGAAGCCUAAAUAUUGUAACAGUUUUAGAUAUCUAUUUCUGGAGAAAGAUGGAAUCUGGGAGCGAGCCAAACAUUUGUGUGAGUUGUGGUUAAAACCAGCUCUGAUUGAGCAGGUAAACAGAAAACUUGGAUUGGAAAUAGUAGAUCACAUUCUAGACAACAAUGAAUCCAAUCAGUACAGCACAAGAGGAUACUUCCAAUUCAAUGUGAUGAAACAUCUUCUAGAAAAGAGUAAUUUCUCCGACUACUUAGAAUACAUCGAUGAUUAUGAAACAUUUGUCAAAAAGUGGAUACAUAACUGUAUUUUAGAAAAAUGUGACUUCCACCAUCUGCAAUCUAUUAUUCUUUCUAACAUCACAAAAAAGAUAACGGGAUUCCUAAAUGAGCCAAGGACCCUUCAGUUUCAGAAAAUGUCUGAUUUCCUUCUACAGCUUAAGGAAGUGCUGAGAAAUGAUCUGGCAAUAUCAGAUGAUAUGAAUGUAUUUUGUCUGAAAGAUGAGGCAAAUAUUAAAGAAUUUGUUGAAAAUCUUGAGAAAUCCCUUAGUGACACUGAAGCAGAAAUCAUGUCCGAGUUGAAAUCAGUGAACAAGGAAACAAUUCUUUCAAAUGUUGUGGUAAAACCAGUUGAUGAAUUGUUUAAGAGAGUUUUUGGAUGUGGGAAGCAAUGCCCAUUCUGUAGAGUUCCCUGUGAGGCCGGUGGAGAUGAUCAUAAAAAUCACUUUGCGUCUAUUCACCGACCUACAGGACUGGGAAGAUACAGAUCCUUUUUCACACAGACUCUUUGCCAUGAUAUCUGCACCAUUAAUGUAUCUGGCAAUAAAUCAUUUAUACAUUUAAAUGACUCUUCUCAUCCCUAUAAAGAAUACAGGGCAGUUUACCCAGAUUGGGACAUUCUCCCCGACCCAAGUAUUGAGGCCUCUGAUUAUUGGAAAUAUGUUCUUAAAGAAUUUAAUGAUCAAUUUGCAGAAGAAUAUAAAGCCCAACCUGCUGACUAUCCUGAGGAAUGGAAUACAAUAACUAAAGCACAGGCAGAAAGAUGCCUCAACACUGCCUUUGGUAUGAAAUCAAAUAAUUCCUAAAGCACAAUAUGUAAGAAAUUACUCAGUCACCAGUUUUUCCAAUAUAAACCAGGAUGCUGCUGAGUUUCAUGCCUGCUUCUUUGCCAUCUUACAAAGUGAGACAGCUGUUACUAUGAGCAUUAUUGUAAAGAAAGUAGAAAAAAGUAAUAUUUAUUAUAUCAACACAACUAGAGAAUUUUGUAGCAACAGAAAUAUGCCUAAUGGUUCUUCCCUAGGAUUGAGAGAGAAAAGAUGCUACUUUGCCUGGCAUUGCUAAUCAGCAGACUGUAUCUAUGGAGUAAAAGAAGGAGAUGCUCUAGGGCAGUGAUCCCCAACCAGUGGCUCGUGAGAAACAUGUUGCUCACCAACCCCUUCGAUGUUGCUCCCCUUGCCCUCAAAGUAAGUGCCUGGUAAGGAGGCAAGUUUUGGUUGAAUAAAACUAAGUAUAAUGCCAAACAGAGCCUUCUGUAGGCUGCCAGUCCACAUAUGGGGCAAUAAAGUAGCCAAUUAUAGCUCUUAUUUCCACCCCCAACACUUCUUCCUUUUAAAUGUGGCUCAUGGGUAUAAAAAGUUGGGGGUCCCUGCUCGAGGGGAAUGGAAUUGUGACUGAGGACUGAAAUUCAGAUCUGAGAGGUAAAGGCUUGGUGCCUCAAGAGACUACUUGUUAAUGUGAACCUUGUCCAGUAGAUGGGGGCUUGUAUAAAGACUGAACAAACCCUGCAUAUUAAGUAGAGAUCAAAUAAGCAUUGUAUUUAUUUUUUAUUUAUUGUGUAUUUGAGGCUGUUAUUGCUUGUCAAAAGUGCCUGACAACAACCAGAACAAAAUGUAUGCUGCUGUGAAAUAAAGUGAAUGAAAACUCA